UUUACACAUUUAUAUUGGAUGCCGUUAGUGCUCUUAAUAACAUGGGCUAUGGGUUUCACGCUUAUAGCAACGACUAUUGGUGCAAGGAUGUCCCAUUAGAUUAUCAGUUCAACCUGGUGUGCGACCGAACACUGUACGCCUCGUACUCGCAAACGGCCUACAUGUUGGGCUACAUAUUGUCGGGACUGGUAUUAUCGCACUACUCCGAUAAAUAUGGCCGACGACCUAUUAUAUGGGUAGCGUUUACAUUUGAGAUCGUGGGCAUUUUAGCGUGCGUACUCGCCCCCAAUAUUUACCUUUAUUCAUUAGCACGAUUUGUGGUAGCAUGCGCUGGUCACGCUUUAGUACCGGGACUGGCGUAUUGGCUCCAGGACUACCGAUUCAUGCAAUUAGUAUCAGUCGUCGUAUUGGUAUUAAUGGUGUUUUGGUAUUACUAUAUGUUUGAGAGCCCGCGUUGGCUCAUAACCAACGGAUACGUCGAUCGCGCGGAACAUACGCUCCGGAAAGCACUCAAAAUGAACGGAAAGUCCGACGAAAAUCUUACGCAUCAGUUGACUGAGUUGUCCGACCAUUUGAAACAGCUACAAUCAAAAGAGAAGCCAGUUAAAAAUAUCACAGUACUGGACAUAUUAAAAACGCCAACACUUCGAAAAAUAACUUUAAUCUUAUGGUAUUUGUCGAUCGUGUUGGCCAUACUAUACUACGCCUUAAGUUUUAACAUGGCCGAUUAUGGUGGCAAUUUUUACAUCACCUACUUACUAUCGGGAUUGGUUGGGCUACCCGCCCAACUGAUAACUGUCCUAUUAAUGCGGUUUAUCGGUCGCCGCAAAUUGUUGGCCAUAUUUAUGCUCAUAGCAAGUAUGGCUAGUUUGGCGGUAAUACCCUCCCGGAGCGAUUGGCUCAAAGUGACCUGGGCACUGGUCAGCAAGUUUGGUGUGGGCAGCGCCUGGAAUAUGAUGUACAUUAUGGAGCAGGAACUGUACCCGACUGUACUCAGGCAACGGGGAAUAGGGGCGGCCUCUGUGGUCGGUAGGAUUGGCGCUAUUGGCGGACCAUUUAUGAAGGAUUUGGUGAGUUUUUUUAGGCAUAUGCCAUAA